AUGUCGAUGAACUUUGAGGAUUGUGGUGUGGUCCGGGAUGGCUUCCCCCGCCCUUUUCCCAAUACCCCGUCCAAUGUCUUGGAGCAAUUUCGCAUGGACAGCAAGGUGGUUGUUGUCACUGGUGCUUCGGAUGGCAUUGGUCUUGCAGUGGCAGAGGCAAUUGCGGAAGCAGGUGGUAAUGUUGUCUUCUGGUACAACUCAAAUGAUGUCGCCAUUCAAAGAUCCCAAGAGAUUGCCACCAAACACAACGUUAAGACCUCUGCGUACAAAGUUGACGUCUCUGUUUCAACUCAAGUCCAAGAAACCAUCGCUCAGGUCGUCAAGGAAUUUGGCAAGCUCGAUGUCUUUAUUGCCAACGCUGGUAUGGCCAUCUCAAAGCCCAUCUUGGAGCAGACCUUAGAAGAGUACCGUAAGCAGAUGUCCGUGAACGUGGACGGCAUUGUACAUUGCAGCAAAUAUGCCGGCGAGGUUUUCCAACGCCAAGGGUUUGGAAACCUCAUUAUUACAUCAAGCAUGAGCGGACACAUUGUCAAUGUUCCAACCGACCAACCUGUCUACAACGCAACCAAAGCAUACGUCACUCACUUUGGGAAAUCCCUUGCUCGUGAAUGGCGAGAAUUUGCCCGUGUGAACGUUGUAUCUCCGGGAUUCUUUGACACCAAGAUGGGGGCCAGUCCCUCUGCUAUCAAUGAGGCUUACCGUAUGGCUGCCCUAGGACGACAGGGCCACACCAAGGAGAUCAAGGGUCUGUAUCUCUAUCUCGCCAGCGAUGCUUCAACAUAUAUGACGGGAAGUGAUGUGCUUAUUGAUGGUGGCUAUGUACUACCUUGA